AUGAAUACCGAAGAAACUACUAAGGCUAGAAUUAUGGAUGUCCUCGGAAAGACUGGUUCCAGAGGUGGUAUUACCCAAGUUAGAGUCGUAUUGAUCAGUGGUAAGGAAGAAGGUAGAUAACUUAUUAGAAACGUCAAGGGUGCCUGCAGAGUCGGUGACGUCCUCGAACUUAUGGAAUGUGAAAGAGAAGCCAGAAGAUUAAGAUGA